GCUCAGCACCAGUGUCUGAGAUGGAGACAUCAAGAGUCGCUCUCAUCGCUCUCGUGUGUGUUGUGUUCUCCAGUCAGAAGAGGAUCUCUGGAGCAGAAGUGGAGAUGAGAGUCAGACGAGGAGACGACGUCACUCUCUACUCCGACUGUGUUUGGAAAAGUGGAUUAUAUUCAGUGUGGUUUAGAAACUGUUCAGAGAAAGAUCAUCCUCACUUUAUGAUAUUAGAUACAGAUUUGAGAUUUAUUGAGACACAAACUGGUGUUUUUCCGCGUUACUCAUUUGUGUUUAAUGCGUCCACUAACACACACAGUCUGCUGAUUAAGAACGUGACAGAGACAGAUCAGGGCCUGUACUACUGCGCUAUACAGGAGAGAGUUAUUUCAAAGGAUAAAAACGGCAUCAUAAUCACCAAUGACGUGUAUCGUUACGGGAACAGAUCCACUCGACUCUCUUUAUUUGCACCCUGCCCCAGUGUGUGUGAGCCGUGUGAAUCAGAGCCGAGUGUGAGCUGGACGCUGGUGUUGAGUGUGUGUGCUGUGUGUGUUCUCCUCUCCUCACUCCUCUCCUCCAUCUGUGUGUACUACCUCUGCACACACACCACUAAAGCAGGAAUCAGAGCAGGAGGUGAGGAAAGGAAGACUCCGAGACACGAUGAGGUCGGAGAAGAUGAGGUUUGUUACGCAUCACUGGAGAUCCAGAACCUCAAGAAGAAGACGACAAAGAAGAAGAAGAAGAAGAUUCAGACCGUACAGGAUUCUGAUUUCAGCACAUAUUCAGGGGUCAGAACUGAAAGAUGCUGAGGAGACACAGAGGAGAUGUGGAGAA